AAUUUUGAUUCCGUGUGCAUGGCCCCCCAUACCUGUUUUGCAUGUCCGAGGUCCGAGACCCUUCUACAUGGAACAAAAAUGCAAUGGCGUUCAGUCAGUGGCGAAAGUUCAACUUCUUUGAAAGAGAGCUGUUAAAAGACCCAAGUACAGAAGAAAGCUUUGGCCAAUUAAAAGGACUAUUAGUAAAUGCUUCUGCAAGUGGAAGAGGACAAAUUCUUUUUGGAGAUAGCAAUGGAGUAUUGCAUUGUCUUAACCGUGAUCUUCGUUUAACAUCAUUCAAAAUAUAUGAGCUAAAUGUGUCUCAUUUAUUUCAAUUAAAGCAACACAGCAUCCUUGUUUCAGUUGGGCAAGAUGAAGAAGGCAUUAACCCCAUGGUGAAAGUAUGGAAUUUUGAUAAGUUGGAUAAAGUAGGAAAUGCAAUGUGUGUAAGGAUGUUUCGUGCACUUGUGGGAAACAAAGCUGUCCAGGUGUCAUGCAUUGCUGUUCAUGAAAAUUUGAGUCAAAUGGCGAUUGGUUUUGAGGAUGGUACAGUUAUAAUUAUAAAAGGAGAUGUUACAAAUGCUCGACAUAGUAAACAGAGAACAAUUCAUGAAGACAAAUAUCCAAUCACAGGUCUAGCAUAUAAGCAGUUGGGAAGCAAGAUCAUUCUUUUUGUCACUACAACAGAAACAGUAAUGUCUUUCAACCUAACUGCUAAAGAUCACAAGGAAUUGUUGGAUGAAUUUGGUACAGGCUUAAAUUGUUCUGCAAUUAGUGAUGUUUCUCAAGAAAAUCAAUUUGUGAUUGCGAACUAUGAUGCAUUAUACUUUUAUCAUCCCGAAAGUCGAGGUCCAUGUCUUGCAUUUGAAGGUGAUAAAAAGAUGGUUGGCUGGUUUCGUGGUUAUCUCAUAGUGGUCAGCAAAGAGAUGAAACAACUUCCAAGAAGUGCUGGAACUGGUUUAGGGAUGAACAUUUUGUCGAUUUACGAUGUUGAUAACAAGUUCAUAGCUUACUCUGGUCCGUUUCCUGAUAUCAUGGCAGUUUUGGGAGAGUGGGGUUUAUUACAUGUGGUGACUGUGGACGGAAAGAUUUUUCAAUUAGAGGAAAAGGACACGCAAACUAAGUUAGAAACGCUGUUUCGUAAGAACAUGUAUGACAUGGCUAUAAACUUAGCAAAAAGUCAGCAUUAUUCAGAUGGCUUGAUUGAAAUAUUUCGACAGUAUGGCGAUCAUUUGUACAGUAAAGGCAAUCAUGAUGGCGCCAUUCAACAAUACAUACGUACUAUUGGUCACUUGGAACCCUCUUAUGUGAUUCGAAAGUUUUUGGAUGCACAGAGAAUCCAUAAUCUUACAGAAUAUCUACAAGCACUUCAUGAAAAAGGCUUGGCAAAUACAGACCAUACUACACUGCUUUUAAACUGCUAUACCAAACUAAAAGCUGUUGAUAAAUUGAAUGGUUUUAUUCAGACUGACAGUGAAUUGAAUUUUGAUGUAGAAACAGCUAUUAAGGUUUGUCGCCAAGCUGGAUAUUUUCAACAUGCUUUGGAGUUGUCUGAAAAAUAUGAACAGCAUGAUUGGUACUUGAGAAUUCAAUUGGAAGAUAUAAAAGAUUACAGAAAAGCGUUGAAGUAUAUGAAAAGAUUGGCGUUUUUGGAGGCCGAAUCAAACUUGAAGACGUAUGGCAAAACUUUAGUGAAUAAUGUUCCAGAUGAAACAACAGAACUUUUAAAGCAACUGUGUACAGACUAUCAACCUACUGAAACCAAAAAGAAAGAAAAAUUACAAGAUGUUACACCAGAACCAGAACUAUCCGCCACGAGCGCACUUGUCUCUGGAACUAUCAUUAUGAAUCCUGUACCUCGUCGGGAAAUACUGCGUUCACAUCCGGAUGAUUUUAUUCAUAUUUUUGUGCAUCAAAAACCAAAAUUAAAAGAAUUUCUAGAACACAUGGUCAAAAUGCGAAAUGAUUGUUCGAAUGUUACCUACAAUACGUUACUAGAACUGUAUUUGUACGAUGCAGCUGCAGCUGUCGCAAGCAAGGACUUCAAGAAAGGAGCAGAUGAAGAAAGCAAAGCGUUAGAUUUACUUUUGAAUACUGAGUCGAAAUAUGAUGUAGAUCAUGCUAUGGUGCUUGCGCAGAUGCACAACUUCAAGAGAGGGAUAUUGUUCUUGUAUGAAAAAACUAAAUCAUUUCAACAAAUACUCCGCUAUCACAUGGAACAUGAUGACUACGAUGCCAUUAUUCAAGAUUGUCAGAAGCACGGAGCAAAAGAUUCAAGUUUAUGGACGCAAGCGUUAUCUUACUUUGCAAAGAAGGAGGAGUACUGCAAGAGUCACAUCAUUGAAGUGUUGAAUCAUAUUGAUAAAUAUAACCUCCUGUCUCCACUACUGGUGAUCGAAACACUUGCUCAUAACUCUACUGCAACGUUAGGAGUUGUGAAGGAUUAUAUUAUUCGUCGACUCCAGCAAGAAAAUGAGCAAAUAGCCAAGGAUGAACGAAUGAUUCGAAAAUACCGAGAAGAUACCGAAAAGAUGAAAACUCAGAUCGAAGAAUUAAAAACAAGUGCAAAAAUCUUUCAAAGUUCAAAAUGUAUGAUAUGCUCGAGACCGUUGGAAUUACCAGCUGUUCAUUUUCUGUGUGGAGAUUCUUUUCAUCAUAGUUGCUUUGAAAGUUAUUCUGAGAAUGAAAACGAAUGUCCGAUAUGUACACCAGAAAACAGAAAAGUGAUGGAUAUUAUCAGUGCUCAAGAACACAACAAAGAUCUUCACGAACAGUUUAAUCAUCAACUCGAGCGAUCCUCAGAUGGAUUCUCAGUCGUGGCAGAUUAUUUUGGUCGAGGUGUCUUUAAAAAGGUGACAGUAUAUUCGGACACGGAUGGACGACCACAGCAGCAGCAGCAGCAACAGAUAGACCCUGCUUUCGAAAGAGAAUCCUUGUUCAACUAAAUGCCUAAUUCUAAAAAUUCUUCGUUGUUUUUGAUACGCAUAAUAAACUUAAAAACUGCAUUAGCAAUACCAAUUUUUCGUGAUAUGAAUUUUGAAAGGAAUAAUAUGUAAUUUAUUUUAAAGGAAUAUAGAUUUAUCUUUGUAACAAUUUUAUUUGGUUAGAAAAUAUGGAACUGACAAGAUUGACAUA